UCCUCUGCCACUAUUUCCGCGAGCUUCGCUUGCCCAUCGUGAUCAUCCACGUUCCCCCAUCGUCUCCCCCCUCCUCACACCCUAACCCUAACCCUAGCUCUAACCAUAACCAUCCAAUCCAUGGCGCUCCUCCCUCGAACCGCGCGCCUCGCCCUCCUCUCCGCCCAGAGAUCCGCCGCCGCGCCCUUCUCCGCCGCCGCCGCGUCGUCGUCGGCAUCGGCGUUCCCGGCGCCGUACGCGCGGGCGCCGCCCCCGGCGUCGCCGUCCCCAACCGGGCUCCCGAAGGCGGUGGAGUUCGUGAUCUCGAAGGUGGACGAUCUCCUCAACUGGGCGCGGAGGGGAUCCAUCUGGCCCAUGACCUUCGGGCUUGCAUGCUGCGCCGUGGAGAUGAUGCACACGGGUGCCGCCCGCUACGACUUCGAUCGGUUCGGUGUGAUCUUUCGCCCUAGCCCUCGCCAAUCCGAUUGCAUGAUCGUCGCAGGAACCCUCACCAACAAGAUGGCCCCGGCUCUUCGAAAAGUUUACGACCAGAUGCCUGAGCCACGGUGGGUCAUUUCGAUGGGAAGCUGUGCAAAUGGUGGAGGAUACUAUCAUUAUUCAUACUCCGUCGUUCGUGGCUGUGACCGCAUAGUUCCUGUCGACAUCUACGUCCCUGGAUGUCCACCGACUGCCGAGGCUUUGCUCUAUGGUGUCCUUCAGCUCCAGAAGAAGAUCAACAGGCGCAAAGAUUUCCUUGUCUGGUGGACCAAGUGAAACCAGCUGAUCUAUCGGUUCAACCUUUAUGAAUUACUUCCUUGGGUCUGUCAUUUCCGCUUGAAAUAAAAAAAAAAGCUAUAUGCUGGAUUUUGUAAACUUGUGUUGUGAUUUGAAAGUUCUCUGGAGACUUGUCUGUCAAAGUGAACCUCUUUUAUGUGUUAUUAUUAAAUUACUUCUUAUAUGAAGUAAACACACACUGUAUAUGGCUGUAACUUUUUUUUGCUGUUCUGUUCCUUCUAUCCGUAAGGAUUGAUUUUAAUUUGUUGAUACUUGCAUAGUUGGUGGUUUUGCAU